UCUGUUUACUCCCUCCAGCUGACUUAUCUUAUCUGUCAGUUUAUGGAGGACUGUGGACUGGAUCUCUCACACACUCAGAGCGCAGUCCCUGGAUCUCUCACACACUGACGGACAAGCUCACAAUGGCAUGUGUUUGGAAAGUUGUUCUUCUCAACAUCUUCAUUGUCUCUGGUAGAAGUAACGUGUUGACAGGUCAUUUUUGGCACAUCUCAGACCUCCACUGGGAUCCGUCUUAUGAUGUAGGGAGUAACUCGGCAUCAAAAUGUGCAUCUAGUGGAGGCCGUCCGACCCCGAAUGCAGGAAUAUUUGGGGAUUACUCUUGUGACUCCCCGUGGACUCUAAUAAACUCAUCAGUGCACGCCAUGAGAGAGAUCCUGCCGGACCCGGACUUCAUCGUUUGGACGGGAGAUGAUACGCCUCAUGUGCCCAAUGAGCAGCUGGGAGAAGAACCCGUCCUGAGAAUAAUCGGCAACCUCACCCACAUCAUCAAAUCUGUCUUUCCUAAAACCAAGGUGUAUUCUGCGAUGGGAAAUCAUGACUACCAUCCAAAGAGUCAAAUGCCUCCAGAAAAGAACAGAAUUUAUGAGCAAACAGCAAACCUGUGGCACGACUGGCUGCACACCGCCUCCAAAGAAACCUUUAAAACAGGUGGAUAUUACACAGAAAAGUUGCUGAAUCAAACUGGCUUCAGAGUGAUGGUGCUCAAUACCAACCUCUAUUAUGACCAGAACAAACUGACAGAAAACAUCAAAGACCCUGCAGACCAGUUCAGAUGGGCUCACCAAGUGCUUCAGGACGCUGCCAAAAAUCACGAGAAGGUUUACAUCAUCGGCCACGUCCCUCCAGGGGUUUUUGAGAAGAAGCGAGAUAAGGCCUGGUUCAGAAAGGAGUUUAAUAAGCUGUACAUCGAUCUCAUCCAGAAGCACAGCGCUGUUAUCCUGGGCCAGUUCUUCGGGCAUCACCACACGGACAGCUUCCGCAUGUUCUACAGCUCAAAUGGAUCUCCAAUAAGUGCGAUGUUCCUGACACCAGGAGUUACGCCCUGGAUAACAACACUACCUGGUGUGAAAGAUGGCGGAAAUAACCCUGGGAUUCGCAUCUUUGAGUAUGACACCAAAACACUUGUGAUCAAGGAUAUAGUCACCUACUAUCUGAACUUGACGCACGCAAACACGGCCCGAGCGCGCUGGGAGAAGGAGUACCGCCUGACGGAGGCGUUUCGAGUGCCGGACGCCUCUCCUGCCUCGAUGCACCGCGUGAUGGAGCGCAUCACCAGCGACCCGUGCUCUCUGCAGAAGUACUUCGAGUUUAACUCGGUGGGUUACGACCUGACGGAGUGCCACGCCGACUGCCGCGUCGAUCACGUGUGCGCGGUGAGAGAGGUCGACUUCGAGGCGUACGAGCGCUGUGUGCUGAAGGAGGGAGGAUCAUCCACAGGACCAGUGCUGUUAACUCUGCUUCUGUCUCUGAUGAUGAGUCUGCGGUGCUUCAACUGAUCACAGAACA